AUGUCCAAGAAGGAUGUGACUUGUUUCUGGAUCGUACUGCUCCUGUGCCAAGAGCUACGGACCGACCCGAUCGCAGAGAUGGGACCAUCCUCCGGCAUCCUGAUUCAAGAGACACCAGGGUUCAUCUUAACGGAGAAGAGGAUCCUGACCAGACGUGUGUUCGUCAGCUUGGACCCCAAGAUUUCCAUCGAGAAGGCAUACAACAUUUCAUCGAUGCAGCUUCCUGAGUUACAGACUUGGUACCAGAUGCACCUCCAAAGAGCACAGGACCGUGUGCGAAAUAUCUUGGAGCAAGCCCGGAAACCAUUUGUAUCCAGUUCUAUUCCGAUGAGCAACCGACCCAAAAGGUUCCUCACCGCUAUAAUUGUUGCAUUAGUUUGUGCCACUGUCGGUGCAGUUGUCGCAACUGGAAUGUCUGCAGCCAACUCUAUUACUGUCCAAAAGCUGGAUAUGGAAAUCUAUGCGCUAAAGCAACACAUUAACGAUAUUCAUCAGGUGAUAAACCAGCAAAGAACACUUCUCCAAGACGUGUUAACUAUUGUGGAAGACACAGUUGUUACAACAAAUUUGCAUUCGGAGUUAAUUGCCAAAUCCACUGAGCUGCACCAAAGUCAUGACUUAUUUAAGCGUGAACUUUUAUUUCUGCAUGACCCAAUAUUGUUCCACACACUUGCUUUUCUCGACGAAGUGCAAACUGGAAUGAUCGAAUUGGCAGGGGGACGCAUACCUCUGUAUUUUGUAUCCAAGGAUAUUGUUCAUGCGAUGCUUGCCAAUGUGGAUGGAGAGACAAUUGAGCCUAUGCAAUUAAAUCUGGCCUUUGAGAUGGGGAGCGCUAUACCUCUCUUAAUUGAUCCGGAACGUAUGGAGAUUUGCUUUUUAUUGACCAUACCAUAUGUAACUCCCAAAGACAUUUUUCAAAUGAAAAUAAUGUACUAUGUAAUAAUGAUAUUAUGGUUGAUUGUACUAAGUGUAAAGUUCAAAACUCUUACAGGUACAAAUAUAUACAGAGGGGGGCGGGGCCGGGCCGCCGAGCCGACUGGACGCCAUAUGCAUGGGCUCCAGCUCUAGGCUCGUGAAAAGGGCUCAAAAAGCCGACAUAGACUGCUGCAAUGCCAGAGCCGUCGAUACCGCUACAUGGAGAGGGUUACCAGCUUCAGCCCGAUACCCCGCAGGAGGCACACCACGCACCGGGUGAGCAGAAACGGCCACCUUCGGCCUGCAAGCCGCCACAAGCCAGUCCUCGUGCACUCAGACACCGCGGAGAGACACUCUGCGGGAACAGGAAAAACCGCAGGAACUAAGCCUCUGGUCGUGGGAUGAUACCCCGGCUCGGGGCACGGCCCCGCUCCCCCCCCAGACCGGUGGGGGUUAUCCCGGCAUCAUGGCGGCGGCCCGCACAGUGGCGGGAGAUCCCGCGCUCGGCCUGUGCCGCCCGCCUACACUAGCAACGGCUGAAAAAGAAAAAAAAAACAGCCAGCUAGCAGAUAUGGAAGCUGCCAGGAACGCACCCUAA